UUCACGUGUAUCUCAAAACAAAUGGAGUUUACUUUAUGACUGCACAUCUUAGAACAAAUCUCCAGAGUGUAGACUUUGACUAUUCUUUUUUGUGCAAGCCACUUUUUUCCAGUGCCAUAUGCCCAUAUGGUAAGUGAUAAACCCACUAAGUUUUUGUAUCAUUUCACGUGCACCUCAAAACAGAUGGAGUUUACUUCAUGACUGUUUACUUCAAGUUGGAUUCCCCGGGAAAGUACUUAACCGGAGCAACGGAGUGAGUAACUGACUCCACCCAAAAUGACUAAACUACCCUUGCCAUUUCUCGAAACCCCACUACCCCUCCUUAUCCUCCUCCUAAUCUCCAUACCCUUUCGAGUAAAUUCGCAAUCCCAAAACACCGAACAAGCCAUCCUACUCGGCCUGAAACAGCAGUGGGAUGAUCCACCGUCUAUCCAGUCAUGGAAUUCCUCAUCCUCACCGUGCAAUUGGCCUGGGAUCAAUUGCACCAACGGCGCGGUCACCGGAAUAACCCUCCGAAACAUAAGCAUCACCACAGAAAUCCCAUCAACAAUUUGUGACCUCGAGAACCUGACCACCCUUGACUUGGCCUGGAAUUACAUACCAGGAGAGUUUCCAACAGUCCUAUACAAUUGCUCCAAGCUCCAAUAUCUUGAUCUCUCUGAAAACUUUUUUGUGGGUCCAAUCCCAGAAGACAUAUACCGGAUUCGAACUCUCCAAUACAUAGACCUCGGAGCCAACAAUUUUUCAGGCAAUAUCCCAAAAGGGAUUGGGAACAUGACGGAGUUACAAACGUUGUACCUCUAUCAAAACCAGUUCAACGGCACGUGGCCAAAGGAAAUUGGUAACCUGGCCAAUCUUGAAGUUUUGGGCAUGGCUCAGAAUGAUAAGUUUGUGCCUACAGCUUUGCCAGAAGAGUUUGGACAGUUGACGAAGUUGACGUUUUUGUGGAUGACAAGGUCUAAUUUGAUUGGCCAAAUCCCAGAUUAUUUUUCGAAUUUUUCAAGCCUGGUGCAGUUGGAUUUAGCAAGGAACAAUUUGGUAGGUGCUAUUCCUAGUGGUUUGUUCUUGAUAAAGAGUCUAAAGUUUGUGUAUCUCUUUGCUAAUAGAUUGUCUGGUGAGAUACCGAGCUCGAUUGAAGCGUCAUUAAGUUUGGAGAGCCUCGAUGUUUCUGCAAACAACUUGAAUGGUUCUAUUCCAGAAGGUGUUGGCAAGUUACGAAAUUUGACAGUGCUGCUUUUGUUUGGGAAUCAAUUGACCGGUGAGAUUCCAAAAAGUAUAGGCCAGCUACCACUGAUUGAUUUUCGGGUUUUCAGAAACAAGUUGAGUGGAACUUUGCCACCGGAAUUAGGCAUGUAUUCGAAGUUGGAAGGAUUUGAGGUCUCGGAGAAUCAAAUAAGUGGUCAAUUGCCGGAACAUUUAUGCGAUGGAGGUGCUUUGCAAGGACUGGUUGCAUUUUCUAACAAUCUCAGCGGGGAAGUGCCGAAAUGGGUUGGAAAUUGUCCUACUUUGCGUACAGUUCAGCUUCAGGGAAACAAUUUCUCAGGUGAGGUUCCUUCUGGUCUUUGGACAUUAUUCAAUCUAUCAACCUUGAUGUUAAGUGAUAACUUGUUUUCGGGUGGGCUUCCAAGUAAGUUGGCUUCGAAUUUGUCAAGGGUAGAAAUUCGUAACAACAGAUUUUCAGGUGAAAUUCCUGUUGGAAUCUCUUCCUGGGUGCAGUUGGUUGUCUUUGAUGCAAGAAACAACUUGCUAUCCGGAAAAAUUCCAGCAGAAUUAACUAGUCUUUCUCAUCUUAAUUAUCUUUUUCUGGGUGGUAAUCAAUUUUCUGGUGAGCUUCCAUCAGAGAUCAUCUCAUGGAAGUCAUUAACUACUUUGUACCUCUCAAGAAAUAAGCUUUCUGGCCAAAUCCCAGGAGUGAUUGGGUCUUUACCUGAUCUCAAAUACUUGGACUUGUCACACAACCAAUUGUCCGGUGAAAUCCCAUCUGAAUUUGGCAAUUUGAUGCUUAAUUCACUCAACUUGUCCUACAACCAACUAUCUGGAAAAAUCCCAGAUCAGCUUAACAACCUUGCAUAUGAAAACAGCUUCUUGAAUAAUUCCAAUCUAUGUGUUGGCAGUCCAAUUCUAGGCCUUCCAAGUUGUUACACCAAAACCCGUGAUUCCAACAAUAAUAAAAUGCCCUCUAUCUACCUUGCCAUGAUUCUAGUUCUUGUCCUUGUAGUUCUCCUAGUCACUGUUUUAUUAAGCUUAUAUAAGUUAAGUGACUACCAAAGGAAAAAGCACCAACGCAAUCUGGCAACAUGGAAGCUUACAUCAUUCCAGAGAUUGAAUUUCACAGAUUUAAACAUUCUGUCGAAUUUGACUGAAAACAACAUUAUAGGAAGUGGUGGAUCAGGGAAAGUAUACCGGAUUCCCACUGACCAUCCAGGCCAAUUUGUUGCUGUGAAAAGUAUUUGGAAUAACAAGACUUUAGAUCACAAGCUCGAGAAAGAAUUUCUGGCGGAGGUUGAAAUACUGGGCACCAUUAGGCAUUCCAAUAUAGUAAAGUUGUUGUGCUGUAUUUCAAGUGAGAACUCAAAACUUCUUGUUUACGAGUACAUGGAAAAUCACAGUCUGGAUAGAUGGCUCCAUGGGAAGAAGAGAAAAUCAUCAACAGGGAUGAAUUUAGCACGUCAGAUGGUCUUGAAUUGGCCAAGAAGGUUGCAAAUUGCAAUUGGCACAGCACAAGGUCUAAGUUACAUGCACCAUGACUGUUCUCCUCCAAUCAUUCAUCGAGAUGUGAAGUCUAGCAACAUUUUGUUGGAUUCUGAGUUCAAGGCAAGCAUAGCUGAUUUUGGGUUAGCAAAGAUGUUAGAAAAGCAUGGAGAGUCCCGCACAAUGUCUGCUGUUGCAGGCUCUUUUGGUUACUUUGCCCCAGAGUAUGCCUAUAUAACAAAGGUCAAUGAGAAGAUUGAUGUCUACAGCUUUGGAAUUGUGCUUCUUGAACUCGUCACUGGAAGAGAACCCAAUGAUGAGGACAUGAAUCUGGCAGAAUGGGCAUUGCGACACAGCAGUGAAGGAAAGUCUAUUACCGAUGCUCUCGAUGAUGAAAUCAAGGAACCGUGUUACUUGGAAGAGAUGACUAUGGUAUUUAAACUAGGACUCAAAUGCACUAGCAGAUUACCUGCAAAUCGGCCUUCCUUGAGGGAGGUUUUGCAGAUUCUUUGCUGGUGUUCCCCUCCUAGAGCUUACACAGUUAAGAAGAUGGGAAGCGACUUUGAUGUUGCUCCUCUCCUUGGCAAUGUUUCUAGUAAUUACAAGAUCAAUAAGGAAGAUGUUGAAGGCUUAGUUUAACGUGUUUGAACUAAUGAAUAUUCGCACUCAAAUGUAGGGAGUUUUUGUUACGAUUUCAUGUACCAAAUAAGAUAUAGGGACUAGGGAAAAUAAAACAGUGUACUAUUUUUAAAUUGAGAAAUGCUGCUAUUUUAAUCUCAUUUUAAGUCUA